AUGGCUGACACGUCCAACUCCCCUGGCCCGGGAGGCUUCCUCAAACAGCAACCUCUCCCCUCGCCCGCGCCCAGCGGAUCCUCGACGCGCCCUGCAUCCGGCCUGCCACACCCCAGGUCCCACCCCUUGCGCUCAGGGUCGGCCAAGGAGCAGACCAUUCGCGCGUAUGUCGACAACCAGCUGAUGCACAUACAAAGACGCUUUGUCAAGAAAUCUGUGGUCGCCAAACCGGGCGACGACAUCGUGGGUUACAAGACCGUCGGGGAGCUUUGCAAGGACGUUGAGGCGCUGUUGGACAUAAUAUGGCUAUCGGGCACGCCCGCGCUCCAAAUCCCCUACCUCCUGAACAUCGCGCACGAGUUCACAGAAUGGGUCAUCAAAUUCCCGCCGCAACCUGAGCCCCUGUUCACGAUCCUGAACAAGCUCGACUAUUGCUUUGCCAGCCUCUUAGCCGGCCAAGACGUCGAUUCCAAAGAGACGCUCCCUGGCUUUGAGAACGGCAUCCGAGGGGUGAUAAGUAAAACCGACAUGGUGCGUUGCAAGAGCAUCGUGGAGCAGACGCGCGUGGUCAUAGUGGACGUCAUGAGCAAGCAACCCGACGAGAACGGCGGCAGUGAUGAGAGCGAGACCGAAGACGACACGGAGAAGGAGAUCACAGAAGCCGAGACGGACACGGAGGGCAACUACAGCGCAGCGGAGAGCAGUGGGUUCGUCGACCCGAAUUGGGAAGACCCUGACGAUGAGCUUUACAUGGACGUGGCGAGGGUCUACGAGAAGACGCUUGUCCAGCUGGGCGAGGUAAUGGGUCAGGCCGGCCUGCCAUGA